UGCCAGUGAAUUUACAAACACAAUCUAACUGAACAUAUUGUGCCACAUGGCGUCGUAAAACGCUCAAAAAUUAUCCGAAGUUGCCGGAUUUGCUGUAUUUGAAGCGAAAAUGGGCGAUUGAAUCUGCGCGACAGUGGUUCAUUGCAAAUUAAGACAUUCCAUCUUCAGAGACUCAAAGUGCAGUAAAGGCCUUCUCUCCUUCAUGGUCCUGAUCAUUCGCAACUGUAGAAUACUAUCCAGUCGACAGAACAAACAAGUUAGAAAGCUGCAAAUCGGAAGGCUGCAAGAUUAUCAGAGAUUCUAUCGUCAACAAUCAAUUUGUGACAAAAGGAACAGCUGUGUAAUGGGGUCAACAUCAAUUUUAGGGACAUUGUUCCUCUAUAGUGUUGCCAUGUUUACUUUGCCAUUUGUUGCCUUCUUUGGGACACGGCAUUUUAUGAUAUCCAAAUUUCACACUGAUACUGCUGUAACUAAUUAUAUUUCUGUACUGGCUGCUGUAAUCACAGUUAACUUGAUUAUCUCUUGUUAUGUGUAUCAAGCUUUAAAUGAGCCUGUUGAAGAGAAAGAACAGGAAGAUGAGGUUAGAAUAGAGUCUAAAGAAAAUUUGAAUAAAAAAGCUGAUUAGACUUAUUUCAUCAAAGAAAAUUUGCAAAACGUUAAAUAUUUUUCAUAUAAAUAUUUCAUACAAAACAAAAUAACAU